CUAACGCAGACGCCGCCGCCGCUGCUGCUGCUGUAACCACGGCAACUCUCUUCAACCAAAAGCGCACUGCACAGCUGAGAAUCGUCGUCUGCUCACAAACUGCAUUAACGGAGUCUCGAUGUUUAAUAUGAGGGAACGGCGGAAUGGUGCGUGCUCCGUCUGGUACCCACCUGUAUAAAUAACCUACCCACUUCACGUGGUAUAGCGAGCCCUACCCAGGGCUGAGAUCUUUCUGUUAGAUUAGCAGGGUAUUUUUGACUGGUAGGAUUUUGCGCUGAGGGAAGGGAGGGAUGAGGUCCUAAGUGGUGGACUGAAUGCAGUUUGCAGUCAGUCUCUUGGAGCUCCUCCUCUCGGGCCGGAGAGGAUAGUACCAGCACGUUUGUUCAAUGAGAGCAGGAGGGCACGAGGGAGGACUGCACGCUCCAUUUCAACCAACUGCUGUACCAUCGGUAUUUCUUGCCUCUUUAAAGAGGCUAUUAUGAAGAAACCGUUCGGUGCUCCUGGUCCUGGAAGGCAUCUGGGAUCGCUGAAUUUCAUUUAAAAGUGCACGGGAUCACCAUGUGUUGUGCGCGGUAGAGUGCUCUCCGUCUGACCGUUGAAGUGGCAACACGUGCAGCGAUGGGUUUGAAGCUCCCCUGUUCCAGCUUGGUAGAGGAGGGCUCCCUCUCGGACAUGGGGUGUCAGCUGCACCGCUACCAGCACAUCCGGAAAAAGCUGCGGCCGGUGCGGAUCCUGGGGUUCGUCUUCAGCCUUGCAGCAAUAAGCGCGGUCUCCUUCUCCGCCAGUGCCUUCACAUGGAGCCCCGGGUACUCCUCAUCAGACAGCCUGCACUCAGGGCUGGCGCCACAGAGAACUCUUCUGACCACCACGCACCAGCACAAGCAGAACGUCUCCGCCGACUCUCCGGUUGCCAUGAAAUCGUCACAGGACGGCAACAAAAGCCAAGGGGAGUACCCCCAGGACAUCUUCACGCUGCAGGAGAGGAGGCGGGGCGCCGUCGUCCUCCACAUGUUUGGGAUGAUGUACAUGUUCAUCUCCCUGGCCAUCGUGUGUGACGAGUUCUUCGUCCCCGCCCUGACGGUCAUCACGGAGAAGUUGAAAAUCUCGGAUGACGUGGCCGGGGCCACCUUCAUGGCCGCCGGGGGCUCGGCCCCGGAGCUCUUCACCUCUGUCAUCGGGGUGUUCAUCUCCCACAGCAACGUGGGCAUCGGGACCAUCGUGGGCUCGGCCGUCUUCAACAUCCUGUUCGUCAUCGGGAUGUGCGCUCUGUUCUCCCGGGAGAUCCUCAACCUCACCUGGUGGCCCCUCUUCCGAGAUGUGUCCUUUUACAUCUUGGACCUGAUCAUGCUGAUCAUUUUCUUCUUGGAUAACUACAUCACCUAUUGGGAGAGUCUCUCACUCCUGGGAGCCUACGCGUCCUACGUGAUAUUUAUGAAGUGCAAUUCCAAUGUAGAGAGUUUUGUUAAAAGCAUUCUAAACAGGAAUCAAGUUGUGGAGGUAGAGGCCCAGCCAAAGGCCAAGCCCCGCCUCCAGAGGGGAGGUAGCUCCGCCUCCCUGCACAACAGUUUGAUGAGGAACAGCAUCUUCCAGCUUAUGAUCCACACGCUGGACCCUCUGAGCGAAGAAUUUGCUGACUCUGAACUUGGAACAUAUGGAAAGCUAAAAUAUUAUCACACAAUGACGGAGGAAGGUAAAUUCCGUGAAAAGGCAUCCAUUCUGCACAAGAUUGCCAAAAAGAAAUGCCAAGUGGAGGACAGUGAGAAAGCCAAUGGAGUUGCAAGCCAGUCUGAUAAGAAUCUCCCAAACAGCUCCAACGUUGAGGUGGAGGUGACGCCACCUAUGAAUGGCAGUGUUGGCCAGGAUGCAGGGGAUGCGGGUGAUGAUGAGGAAGAUGAAGAUCAGCCUCUCAGCCUGGCCUGGCCUGAGUCAAACCGCAAGCGCUGCACAUACCUCUUCAUCCUGCCCAUCGUCUUCCCGCUGUGGCUGACCCUGCCCGACGUCAGGAAACCGACUGCAAAGAAGUUCUUUCCCAUCACCUUCUUUGGUGCCAUCUGUUGGAUUGCAGGCUUCUCCUAUCUGAUGGUCUGGUGGGCUCAUCAGGUUGGAGAGACCAUAGGGAUUACAGAGGAGAUUAUGGGAUUGACCAUAUUAGCAGCUGGUACCUCCAUCCCCGACUUGAUCACCAGUGUUAUUGUGGCCAGGAAGGGGCUGGGAGACAUGGCUGUGUCCAGUUCUGUGGGCUCCAACAUCUUUGACAUCACAGUGGGCUUGCCAUUUCCGUGGCUGGUGUACUCCUUCAUCAACGGCUUGAAGCCAGUGACGGUGAGCAGCAACGGUCUCUUCUGUGCCAUCGUGCUGCUCUUCAUCAUGCUCCUCUUCGUCAUCAUCUCCAUCGCUGCCUGCAAGUGGCGCAUGAGCAAGCUGCUGGGCUUCAUCAUGUUCCUGCUCUACUUUGUGUUCCUGGUGGUCAGCGUGAUGCUGGAGGACAAGAUCAUCAUGUGCCCGGUGUCCAUCUGAGACCGCCCGGACCCUGGCCCACCCGCCUCUCCUGUCCGGCAAGGCGAGAAGGGGGGUUGGGUGGGGGAGGGGUCGGUGGGGGGCAGAGGACGGACUUGUUCAUCAGACAGAAAGCAUGUAGAGACAUGACUUCACUACUGACCUUGGGCGACUCCAUUAGAAAAGGCAAGAUGGGGGUGGGGUGGUGGAGAGGAUGCAGUCCCUCUGAUGGGGAAACCAUGCUAUGCAUGUCAUAUAUUUCACAGGACUGAAAGUUUCAGGAACUAUUCUUUUUUUGGUGUUAUUCUUGCUCCGGUUAAUUGAGGAAUGUGACUCUCUAAUGGAUGCAAAAGAGACUAUUCUCAAAGCUGCAGUUUCAGUGGCUGAGCUGCUUCUGAGCGGACAAAGGCGUUGGGGUCUAACGAAUGCAGGUUUUACAUAGAGAAGGCUGUGAGUGUUUGAAAUGGAGAAUGAUUAACAGAGACUGACACACGUCAUUGUUGCCUCUGAGUGCACUAUUUAAAAUGCACCUGGCUUUUGUCACUUGAAACUGUUGCUGCUGCUCGGCACUCUAUAGAUAAUAUUGUGGAAAUGCUGGUGAGUUAUUUAUUUCACAGGACUGUGAAGAUGUGUUUUUCACAAGGCAUGAACUGCACACUUUGCAGUAGUAACCUUGAAACGGUCAGCAUACACUCUAGCAAAGAACUAAAUGCGAAAUGGAACUGGAAGUGCAGUUAAUUUUUUGCUCAUGUAGUCAGUGACCAAGUUAAAAAAAAAAAAAAAAAAACAUGGAUGAAUAAGUCUGGGAUGAUUUGAGUUUGGUGUUGAAUUUUAGGCUGAAAGGGAAUCGUCCAUCAUUGAAUUCAUCUAGUUCUCUGUCAAGCCUGCUGUCAAAGCUGGCGGUCUCCUUACAAAAAAUCAGCUUUCAUAUGAAGCACUCAACAUUCUUUUAGGUGAUUCUCCUUAUUAUUUUAAUUUUAUGAUUAUUAUUAUUAUUAUUAUUAUUAUUCUGAUUAGUAGUCAUAGUAGUAGUUGCUGUUGUUAUAGAUGUAGUAAUUGUGAUAUUUAUUCACCUUGAGUUUUGAAACUAUUUUCCCCUACAUUGUUACAGAUUUCAUCAGGUGCAAGUGCUCAUAUCAUGUAGAGCCUGCAACAUUUUAAUUUUUAUUGGGGAAAGUAAACUCUAUUAAAAAAUGUUAAAUAAGACUUAUAACCACAUAAAAUAUAACUGACCUUCCACAUAAUGUCAUUCACU